AUGCACCUAGACCGUGUCGCAGCACCUCCGGCGAAGUUUCGGUCCCUGUCCGAGUCUCCGCCGAUAGGUGCCGAGCGAUCUCCGAUAUCACAAAAUGUCAGCAACGAAUGA